UGGUGGAGUUGAGUCGCUUGUGGUGGAGUUGAGUCGCUUGUCGUGGAGUUGAGUCGCUUGUGGUGGAGUUGAGUCGCUUGUGGUGGAGUUGAGUCGCUUGUGGUGGACACUGGUUGGAGCUAACGCCACUCACCUGGCGCAGGGAGACAAUCGUAGUCAGAAGCUCCUAAAUUCCCAAAACGCACGUUUCAUAUUUUGCGUGAAUUAUCUUACUACAUUGUGCUUUACAAGUGGAAUUUACUGCUACGUUUGUUCCGUGUUAAACUGAAAGAGGGAAGUCGUUGCUUAGCGUUCGUCAUUGCUGUACACACAGCCGGCGACUUUCGUGACAGCGGUAACAGCAGGAGAAGGUGCAACAGACGCGAAAGAGGUUAAUUCGUGUUGCAGCUCGAGAUUAUUCUAAACAAUCAUUUGACUCGAAUAACUUGAGCAGGUUUAACCGCCACGACGGGUCACGGAGAGACACAGAGACGCACACAGAGAAGAGGAACGGCGAUCAACGGGACUUUCCAGGGUCGUCAGGAGACAUGGCAUUCUUGAGCCUCGCCCUGCUGCUGUUCAUCUCCCACGUGACGUCCGGAUGCCCGGGCGAAUGCGCUUGCUACGGGUCCACCAUCGACUGCUCUUUCAGGAUGCUGGCAUCUGUUCCGAGGGGCCUGCCUGCCGAUGCGGAGUGGUUGAGGCUGGACUACAAUCAGUUGACCUACCUUUCACACACCGACUUCCCCAACAGCGACAGCAUCGCGCGUCUGUGCCUAAACGACAACAGCAUACGGAAUUUCAGCCGAGGCACCUUUGACCACUUCCCACGACUUCAGAUGCUCUCACUUCACGGCAACCUCCUGCAGAGCAUCCCAUGGGGUGGAUUCGAUCGGCUCUCCAAUUUAAUCAUGAUUCGAUUGUACAAUAACCCGUGGGACUGCGAGCAAAGAGAUGUUCUGUACUUGAGUCACUGGAUCAAAACCCACAAAGACCUGUUUGAUGAAUACGACGAUGUGAGUUGUUCUACAGACCUUAUGUAUGUUAAAGAUGUUAAGGAUCUUGACUUUGAGGUAAUGACCAAUGACAAUAAGACAUUUCCUACAAUCCCGGCAAUCAAAGCAAGUAUUGCUUCUCCUGCAGAUGAUUUUAGGUGCCCUUUUUAUGGUUGUCAUUGUAGAAAUGAAACUGUUGAUUGUACUAAUAAAAAGUACUGCUCAAUACCUCCAGGUAUACCACAAACCACAAGAAUCCUCAACAUGAAACACAAUAAUAUAAAAUUAAUUAAUGCCAAAGCCUUUUACACAAUGCAAGAAUUACAACUAUUGGAUCUUAGUCAUAAUGAGAUAUCAUCACUCUCCAAUGAGACAUUCUACGGCCUCACAAAUUUACGGAAACUUUUUAUCAGCUUCAACAAACUGAAAAGCCUUGACAGGAGAUUACUCCUUCCCUUGACUGGUUUAGAACAGCUGUAUCUCAACAAUAACCAGCUGAGAUGUCUUCACCAGAGUGCAUUUAAUUCGUUGCAGAAGCUCAGGUUUUUAAACUUGUCAAGCAACAAUUUGUCUGUAAUCCACAAAGGUACAUUUAAUUCACUCAACAGUCUAGAAGGAAUCGAUCUCACAAUUAACUUUUGGAACUGUAAAUGCAAACAUAUUUUACACCUUGUUCACUGGAUGAAAAAUAAUACUAAAAAGUCCAUGUUAGAAUCUGUGAUGUGCGCAGGUGGUCAUAAGCGUGUGGUUGCAGUCAGCCGUCCAGAUGUAAGCCACCAUCACUGCUUGCCUCAACGUGGCGUGGAGGAUUGUAAUUUAGGUCAACAUUCACAUAAUUCAUCAUCGGGUCACGAAAAUAACAGAAACAGUCAUGGGGUUAACAGUGGUGCACUCCAUAAGUUUUCUUUCAAAAUAAUAUUUAUUCUCUUUAGUUCAACACAUUGGGCAAGAGCUUAACAUUUACAAUAUCUCCCCUUCUCCCCAUGUCACCUGUUACGCCCACCUUCCCCCUUCUUUCUCGCAGAGUGCAAGCAUCUAUCGCUUUUUGUUUUUAAGUGAGGUAAACGUAAACAUUAAUGCACUCUGUGGAGAAAGUUCUUAUAGAAGACUUAAGGGGCGGGUCGAUAUAAUGUUUCCUCUCGUCGUCUUCUGGAAGAUUUUUGGCUGGAAAAUGCAGUUACUGAUAAGCAGAGCUAGUCUGAAAGGCGUGGGGUGGACCGAUACAAUGUGUCGAAGAGGCUUCCAGUAUAAACCUUCCUGUAGCAAUGUUGUCUGUCUGAUUAAACACCUUUUUUGUCUUCGUUUAGAUUUAAGGUGGGGAGAUAAAAAACAAUUGAAAGGGAAAUGUAUUCUGGAAAAAUGUUAAGACAUGAUUAACGUAUGUGGAAGAUUCUUUCAGAGUAAUUAACCAUCGUUGAUGUGCAUUCCUCCCAUUCGUUUUAUGUAAAUGAUUCUUGACGAGGUAGAGGACCAAUAAGCAUCGUCAAGAAUAAAGCUGCUGGUCAGUG